AUGAUGUUGCGGCGUCUAAUACUGUCCGUCGUGGCUACUCUGCCUCGCUCCGCCAUCGCCGCUUCUCCUCCCUCCCAGAAACCUCUGCUUGACGACGCCCAGGUCAACGACCAGGUGCGAGGGAGAGAGGACCAGCCAAGUCCGUGGACACUGAACUUCACUUCCCCAGCGCCGCACCUAUUCGCCUCCGUCCCCAGCCUGCUGCACCAAUGGAGCAACACAAUCUUCCCCAACGGCCACACUCUCGCCGCGGUUGAAAUCCCCACCUACGCCCUCUUCUACCACGGCCUCAUAUCCCCAGACGAGCCCAACCCCACCCCGCCGAGUCCCGAGUGGCUCGCCUUCGAUCUUGAGAUGGCAUAUGGCAUCAUGGGAUCCACCCGCAACUCCUUCCUGCUGACCUACCAGACGACCCGCCCCGUCAAGGCCCUUUACUUUGACGGUGAGUCGGCUGCCCUCAUGGGCCUAGGCCAGAUGGACACGCAGAUGCUGCAGCUUUUUGGUAAUGUGAGCGGCCCCCCGGGGAACGGGUUCAUGGGGCUGGGGCAGGAGUACAUGAGGGCGCACGGGCUGUGCCAGUGGUUUGAGGAUGCCAUGCUUGGGGGGCGGGGUUGGGGCUUCGAGGGAGUGGUGAGGAUGAACGCUGGGUUCGAGAUGAUCUGGUGUGAUUUUUCAAGCCCGAGUCUGAGAUUGGUGUCGAGGCUGAAUGUCACUGCGCCGUUGCUACCUGAGGAGGAAGAUGGCGAAAAGGCCGUCCAACAGAAGGUGGUCCCGGAGAACACCUCUCCAUGGGGAGUCUCCGUCGUCGACCGUGCAGAUGACAUCGCGCCGACCGCUAUCCCCAGCAGGAAACAGGACGCGACGUCUUACUAUCCCCUCCCUCCACAACCGACAAGAAGCGACCGAGACUCCCAGCCCUCUCAUCCCGCCGCACCACCAAACUGGCGCCAUGAUCCUGGUCGAGAACCAUUCCUGAGAAUUCAGGGCUGGGGCUGGUUCGAUAGCGCCACAUGGCACUUUGGCUCAACCCGCAACGGCCCAGGGCAGGGCGAAGUCAAGGCCAAGGUGCUGAGCUGCGGCCUCCUGAGCUACUAUUCUCCCCAAUUUGCAAACCAGUCAUUCAACCGAGCAUUAGACGAGCGAAAAAGCCUGAACUUGACGGCUGACGGUCUGUGGACGGGGCCAGGUGAGCAGGGCAACAGGACAAACGCCAUCAAGCAGCUGGCUCGGAGACGGCGGUUCCACCACCUCGAGGACGUCGUGUCCGAUGAAGCCAUGCUGAUGAGGGAGAACUCGGAGCGAGCGUUGCGAAGUCUUCUAGAGCCUCAAAGCAACUGCACUGGCGCGGACUGGGUCCUGAUCACAUCCGAGAUCGUGAAGAGGACUACCAACCACUUGACAAUGGUAGACACCAAGCUCGUCUCUUUCCCGUGGGACUCCCAAAACGAGACGACCGUGUCCGAGUGGCUUUAUGACCUGAGGGCGCAGAUCCACCUCUUCAUGGUAGGAUAUCUGGAGUACCCGCCCAGAAUUGAACAGGGAACCUGGUCUACGCAAUCGAAACUCUACGGGGAGACAUAUUCUCGUUGCAAGUAUCGAUACACGAGAUUGCUCGUCCCAGAGGAACUCCACGCCUCCUUGUCCCCCGAGGAAGAAGACAUCCGCCUCGCCGUGGAAGAUGUCUACGGGACCAUCUGUUCGGUUCUACUAACGGUGGGCUUUGGGGUCGAGCAAGCAUGGUUCGAGUCCAUCGCAGGCAAGAGACCCGAGUCAAGUACACCCGCAGCAGUCUUGGGUGGCAGAGCUGACCAGUGGCACGACAACAUCGCGGAGCUGCAGGCCUGGCUGGGAUGGGAGAGCGAGUACUACGGCUGCGAACAGAUGUGCGCGUGGGACGAGCGGUGCUAUAUCCCCAUGUGGCCGUUGAUGCACAUGGGCGGAGGCCCCGGACGCGGCCCGGGAGGACGUCCUGGCCGGGGACCAUAUCCAGGCCGGCCGGGGAGGGGCAGAGGUCCUCCUCCGGGCGAAGGACCAGGAGGUGGGCCGGGGGAUAGGCAUCCCCCGGGGGAUGACGAUGGGGGCUUGCCGUCGCCACCUCCUCCUGAACGUAAUGGUACAAGGCGCGGGCGCCCGGGACCACGAGAGCCGAGGUGGAUGGGCGAUGACACUGAUCUGUGGGAGCCGAAAUGUGUGAGUAUAGAUUAUAUCAUGGGACAGCGGUAG